AUGCCGGGCAUCCAGCCACCGACAGGCGGCCAACAUCCGCCUACCUACACGACGCCAUAUACCAACGGCAAUACCACUCCUCACCUUGCCCUGCCCGAGAACAGGGCGACCCCUCCGCCGCCGCCUCUGCCGACCUCGACGCCCCAACCCCAACCGAUAUCAGCACAUCCGCCUCCGCCUGUCCCUGCGCCUGCGCUGCCAUACACGAAUGCGACGUUUGGCCCUGCGGUUCCCGCCAUCGCCACCCCUCCACUCCACUAUCAUCAUCAGCAACUGCAGCCGGUACAGCCCGCACAACCGGUACAACCGCAAUCUGCAGCCCAAGGCGCCAUGGGCCCACCUUUAAAACCACCCGAAAGAACCCAAAAAGAAUACGAGUACGAUGUCACGGAUUCGCUUGCCGGAACUGGAAUCGAUCUACGCGCUGAGGAGCAGUUUCUCUCGGAGCUAUACGCCGUGGACCCGUCCGUUGCAGAGUCCAGGACUGGAUUCUCCAUCCAUCCGCCAGGAAACAGGGCGUCCUUCUAUGGCGCCGGCCCCGCGAACCAGCCGGCGCAACCGAACGACGGCAAGUCCCAAAACCAAAUCAUAGCCGAGACUGCCGAAAAGGCGUGGCAGGAAUCGGCCAGGCGUCUCGCAGCCAGUAGAGCCGUCGAGCUCAAGAACGCGUUUUUGAACGUACCUCUCGUCCAGGCCAGGGCUGAGGCAGCUGCCAAAGAACAUGGGCUUAGCUUGAAUUGGGAUAUGAAGGCAAACCACGGGAUGGGUCGCAUGAAGGUCAUGGAUGAAAACCCGCGGCCCGUCAAGGUCAGCACGAGCAUAGGUCCGGACGGAGCUCUUAUCCAGACGACGGGCACAUGGAUCCCGCAGGAUGCCUAUCUGGCGGACCAGCUUGCGCUGCUCUCCAUAGCGACGAAGCAGCGGCUGCGAACCCUGAUGGAGGACUCGGACCGUAUCGCCGUUACCCGUCAGACGUCAUCGCACGGCGAGGUACCAGAGCAGUGGAAGGUGGCGGCUGGUUCCCUUCUUAAGAUUGCCCUUCCGGGCUUGAGUGAGGCAGCUGCCGAUGCCGCGCGGACAGGAGAAGAGAGCGCCGUGAGCCCUCACACUACUAACCCGUUAAAACGCCCUCAUGAUGAGAAUGCAAACUCAGACGCUUCCGGACCCCGGACCAAGAUACUAAAGGUUCCUAAUACCACCGCGAGUACGAUGAGCGCCAUGAUGCGAGACAUAGCGAGGGCAGAGCGAGAACGGGAGGAAGCAAGGCUCCGGCGGCGCAACGCGCGCAAGGAAGGCACUGCAGAGGGCGCAUCGACCACCUCCCGCGCCGGGUCCGCCGCACCCGGCACCCCCGCAGGCACAACGGGUGAUGGCGAGAAGACCAUCACCAAGAAGGAGCAGAAGCGACUCGAGGCGAUGAAGAAGGCGGAGGCCAACAGCCAUGCCAACCAAAAUCUCACCAGCCGGGAGUUCCUGGGUAUGGCGCGACCAGGCGGGCUCUUUGGGAAGAAGGGCGGCAAAUCUUACUCGUGGAUGACGGGUGGUGGUAGCGGGGCCUCCACGCCCAAAGGCGGCCUGCCGGGAAAGACGGGGGCAACUGCGGCCAAUUCCCCGGCUCCAGGCCCAGCUGCUUUGACGGCCGACGGGAGUUCCCAUCGACGACCGGGUGCCUGGCGGGAGGAUAAGGAGAAGGGCAAAAACAUCCAGCUGCGAGACUGGGUGGCUGCCCUGGAAGCCGACGGCUUGGAGGUUGAGGCGCUGCAGCGGGCCUACAUGAAGCUGGAUUCCUCGUGGCCUAAGCAGUAG